AUGAAUUUUCGUUCAAAAAACGGCGGCAACUAUUGCGAUAACUGCUACACAGAAAAGUUUCAACCGAAGUGUAGUGUAAGUUUCACCUAAUGGUUGCAUGUUUACUCGUGACGGCUUCGUAGGCCAAGAGUGAUUUAGAUGUUAUCACCUAAUCCACAACUUCUUGCAUGAAACAAACUUAGGGCUUAAUUGGGGCAUGAUGUAGUAAUUGAAGCGUAAAUUACUAUGCAUUUUAUAAAUUCAGCGCAUUUAAGGUCCGAUAGACAAAAAUGGAAGUUCGAAAACUGCUGUGGUAGAAAGAAGCUAUUAUCCACCGUCACUUGAUCUCAAAAACCAAAGCCGGUUUAAUUUUUUGUACCAUAUAUAUGUUACUAAACUCGAUCAUUUUGCUCUCAGACGAGCAAUUAACCUAGCACUACCCAAGCAGUUGAAACUUUACAAAGUAGGAUCAUACCUCAAACUUUGUAUUAGUCUGAAGGCAGAAACAAUACUUAUUCCCAAUUGUCAAGUCAUCCAUCAGAACGCCAACUUUGCUGCCUGCUUUCGAAACACAUAUUUCCAUAGUGCUUUUUCAUGUUAAGAAGGAACCACCUACUCCCGAACGCUAUAUUUCAUCUGAAAAGAAAACGAGGUUAUUGCCUAGCAGAGGUUGCUAGGCGCGACCACGGACCUACUGACAUCAGCUUCAAAUGAUACAGGUUGGAUUUAAUCGAGUAGCUUUCUAUUUAACGUUGACUUAAGUUUGGCAGCCCGUAUGCCCAAAACCAAAUGAGAUGUUGUAUGCUGUAUGUUUUUGGAUUUUUUAAAGAGAUCACCAACCAUUGAUAUGUCCCUAAUAACAAAUUACUUGGAAUUUUCAGAAAUGCGCCAAAGUCAUCGGUUUGAAUGUAAAAUAUUCAAAGUAUAAGAAUAAAUGCUACCACCCCGAAUGUUUUGCCUGCUCGAAGUGCAAGAAGAGUAUCCAAGGUGAGCAAUUUAAUGAGCUCGAAGGACAAUUCACUUGCGUCAACUGCCGCUAAUUGAGACGCACUCGUAUUUUGUUCCACUGGAAAACAACGAGACUCACCUUUUCCUGGAAGGCCUAUUACUUUACCAUCGUAUGCCUUUUACGAGACUACUGCCGGACAAUGCAAAAUUACCUCAACUUACGCGCAUAAUUUCUACCAUAAUGUGCCUUAUUCAUUGCAUUUCAGUCAAGUCGCAGCUUGUUCAUAAAGCACUUUUGAAUUAAAUAGAUGCCUCUUUUACAAUUCUUUCGUUUUUACUUGCGUAUUUUCAGUUCGUUAACGCAUUUCUAUGGCGCUUCAGUAUUUUCGGGCGCAUUAGCGACCAGUUCCAUGAGAGACCCUGUUAUUUAUGUUGUAUGCUUCAUAAAGCAUAAGUGAAGUCAGAACAGAUAUGUGUUAUCUGUGCCCACUUUGCCCGUUUGACCUCUACCGAGCGUUUGCCAACAACUGGUUUGGCAUUAACUGACUCAGAAUGCCGAGACGUUCUUCCUAUGAUCGGACAGUGGCGAAUGUACUAUUGUUUACGCAAUAAGGACCCUAAAAUACAAAAGCGUACGCGUUCACUCGAGAUCAUAGGUAAAUUUCUGGGAUUGGCUAAAAGUAGCGAGAAUAGCUUUGUACUUUCUAGAUUUUUCUUUUCAAUGAUACACAGAGUUAAGCUAGACAAAUGGCAUUCAGCUGAAACUCGGAUUUUUUUCUUUCGCUAGACUUACCUUGCAACAAGUAAUCUCCAGUUUUUAGUUAGUCCCGUUCUUUUAAAUUAUUCGAUUUCAUCUGGUUGACACUGAAACUCCUCUAUAACACACAAUAAUGAGAUAGCAAUUAAAGAUCUUUAUAUGCUAACUGACGUUUCUGAAAUAUGGUUCGCGUUCUGUUGUGUGCUGUUUAGUGUAUUUAAAUUCUGUAAGUUUCGGUGGACCAUUUCUGAUCGUCGAAGUAUCUCCAGAGCAUCUUCAGUCUAACCCAUAUCAAAGGUUUAUAAUCAGUUGAGAUAAUUGGCUGAAUGAAAAUAGUUUAUAAAAUAGCGUGUCAAAUUCAAGCUAUUUUUAUUGAUCCACAUCUGCGAUGCUAUAUGAACGACUUGUCUUUCUGUAUAGGGUCCAUUAUAAGGCUUGACUGCCUUGUUGACUGAAAGAGCAGAGUAUACCCCUAACGACAGUUUUAUGAACUGUCAACCGGUUUGUUUGGUGUGCAAAAACAGAUAAUUUGCAGCUAUUAAAUUUCCUCAGAAACUAAUCGCUAACUUCGGGCAAAUCAGUCUAUUUGAGUCUUAUAGACCCGGACUGAAUUUUAAUAAGAAUAGUUCGGCCGAAAUCCAUCUGCCUCUGCUGAAAAAAAACCGCGUAAUAUACAUAAACUGCCAAAAGGCAGCCAGUGAUAUAUACUUGACAACACGAUAUAUCAUAAUUGUACUGACUAAAGCCCAGACACGCGUGUUUCGCCAAUAGUCUACCGCUGCAUGACACGGCUGCGAGGGGUUCGGCUCACCAGUGGGUCUCCAGCAUUCCCCGUGUGCUUUCUGGUAAAUACUUCAAUUUAGAAAUUGUAUCUUUGCCAUGCGGCAGCAGAAUAUAGUGUAAGCAUGUGCCUAGACUACUAGUUAGUGGCUGUUAUGUCAAGUAUGGUACAGUGGGCGACCGAUCUCAUGAAAUAUUGGCCGAAAUUCUGAAAUGCGUUUUUGACCACGAAGGAUUACUUCGGUAGGGUUGUAAUAGUAACUGUCACGCGGCAUAAUUCGGCGAUAUUUCAGACUCGCCCGAAUUUCACCUUCAGAAUGCACUUCUUUUCGACCUAUGGAAACCGUACUUGUUGCAAAAAGACUUCUUACGUAGCACGCAUUUCUUGUGCAGAUUUUCGACGGUCUUAUACAUUCGAAUGUGUUUUAUAAAAAGCGUCCACAAAAAGAUGCUUUCUUUUACUCGUUUGGUAGACAAUCACCUUGUCUUUGCAUUUUAUGCUCGAAGAAAAUAUAUAUUUCGGUUUGAAGAAAGUUGCCGAACUUUCGAAACAUAUUGAGCCUAAUAAGUCGCGAUUCCGCGUGAGGAAAAUCGUAUAUUCCUCUAAGACUUUUAAAAUACACCAUACGUAGUUUGCAAAAUUUUGCAAUGGGUAACGACUACUUUGUAUACUUCAUGGAGAUCAUUGAUAAACGGAUAGGUAUGAUGGUGUAUGAAUGGAUAUUGCAUGGUCUUAAAAAUAACACAACUUGAAACUUUUUAAUCCGAAAUUUAUCUUUUCUUCGGGUAUAGAAUGCAAAACAAGGUGAUUGUUGACCAAACGAGUGGAAGAAAGCAUCCUUUUAUACAGACAUUUUAUAAAAUUCAUUCGAAUGCAUAAGACCGUCGAAAAUCUGCACAAGAAAUGCGUGCUACUUAAGAAGUCUUUUUGCAACAAGUACGGUUUCCAUAGGUCGAAAGGAAGUGCAUACAGAAGCUGACAUUCAGUUGAGUCCGAAAUAUUGCGGAAUUAUGCUGCGUAGCAGUUAAUAUUACAACCCUACUAAAGUAAACCUUCUUGGUCGAAAAAGCGUUUCAGAAUUUCGGCCAAUAUUUCGUGAGAUUGGUCAAGCACCGCAUGUCGUGCUAUCUUUUCAAACUAUUUUGCACACAUCGAAUGGCACUGAGUACGUUUUAGUGAUGGUUUGAUCACAUUAUAUCCCUUUGUUUUAAACUCUCAUGUAUUCUCCCCGGUUUUCACCUUUCCUUCUUGUUAAGAUGUCAGCGUUAGUUUAUCCCCGUUCUUGUUUGACCUGCGGAAUUGAGUUUAUGUUUAGUUGUCCUUCAAAUUAAACGCACACCCCACAGUGGUUAGUUAUUCUUUCGACUAAGGCUUUAGUUUAAAGCUUCAAUUCAUAUGCGCUUGAAAUCGUGUGUCAAAAUGUUUCGAAUUUUAUCCUUGCAAAUAUGUUUUUCAAUAACGCGUGAAGACUCGUGAUGUCAAGUCUCGUAACGUGCAUUUUUCUAGUGACUCCAAGGCAGACAAUACGGCCGUUAGGCCGCCUGGGAGAUAAGAUGGGAGUAUUGACAACAUUUGCUCCUCGAAACUUUCAAUUAAUGUACUCGGCUUAACCUUCACUAGAUCUCAUUUUAAUUUUCGAGAGACGGUGCUUUCUCAGGGAGGGCUUAGCGAACAAAUUUUCUAUAUAUUUUCCCAUGGCAUAUUCCGCCUUAUUAAAACCUCUUCUUCAAGUGUCCCUACAACAAAGAUUGCAUAAUAAGACGAAUGUGCUAUCGAUUGAAGUAAUUUAUCCAAGUUAUUAUUUGGUGGUUUGGAUAUUAGUGGGCAUUGUGCUAAAUGAAUUAUUUAUUCUGCAGAUAAGACGUGCACGUGUAACCGUUAAACUGAGCACAUGGGCAUCUUUCGGAACCUCCAUCCUAUUAGAAAAAUAUAGGCGAAGUGAUGUUCCAUUCCCGAGUUUGGAAAUGUUUGCUUCCUCUGACUCUUCUCCGAACCUCUACACUAGACGAAGCCCGCCUGUGCUCGGAGGACAAACAUUUUAACGGAUGUGAGGUGGCGCACCUGGCCUGAAGGCGAGACUUCAAGCUUCUCUUUAAGGUCGCACACAUUAGCUAAUUUUAUGACCCAAAUGACGGUAACCGAGGCUCUUCCGAGAAUAUUGGAUUUAAAGUACAUGCAUCUUAUUGUCUCACAAUAAGAUUUUGCCUAAGUUUGCCGAAUUAGGUCUGUAAAAUGUCCUAUUCACAUAAGAGGCUAACGUACGUUUUUGGCCAUUUUUCAUCCGACACUUUAGCUAUUCACUGGUUGCGAAGGCCAAACAAAUGAUAAAGGAGGGGCAGGGAAACUUUUGUGUGUUCACUCACAUGACAGAUGAUAGAGGGCAGGAGGGGGGGGAGGGCUUUUUAUCGUCGCAGGAUUCGUGGGGCAGUCAGGUGAGGUCAAAAUGGCAGCUUCGCUGUAGACGACAAGAAAAGCCGUUAGGGUACGGAUCGUCAGUUGCUUUGACAGGUCUGUCGUCGCACUUGACAGUGCGUGCAAAGCUGAUAUUGGUUACUGAAAAACUUGUUUUGAAUAAAUGCAAAAUUCUGUGGGCUUAUGGAGCCUGCCACUGUCGUCACAAUAUGCGUUGACUUGAUGGCUCUGAUUGUUUUGUCGGUACUUUUACUCAUAUCCUAUUGGUGGCAUAGGUGCCGUUCAUGAUGAACGUGAUCCUUCUCUAAACAAACUGUGCUGCGUAGUGCUCACGUGCACUAUUCAGGAGAUGCCUCCUCGCCCGGCUUUAUAGACCGCUCCAAGCAAAUAAGUAAAGGGACUGACAUACAACGAAUGUCAUCCUAGGUUCAUCCACUGGGCAUGGGCGCAGUAUAACCGACAUCAAAUUAUGGCCCAGAGUUAGUUUGUCAACCAUCCAUGAAAAGAAAGUUACACGUGGAAAUCCUUCUUUUUAUUUGCGAUCAUGACAGCUUUUGGAAUUUGGGUUUUGUACAUGACUGCAUUCACUGUCUCCUUAAAAAUCAUUUAUGCAGUCUGACGCCUCCCCCUGAAGUGUGUUCGAGACAUAUACAUCGGACUCUGCUCAUUAAACAUCGAGCUGAACUUCUACCUAAAGAGCCCACAGUUAUGACAAUUCGUUAACUGCCCCUUCCAAUUUUUUUCAUGUACCUCACCAUAAACGCUGCUGAUCAGUCUUCCGCUCCGAAAGGCCUCUAUAAGUGGAAAUAAUUCUGUUGUUUAUGCUUGUAGAGCUGGCUAGGCAAUUGAUCUUAUAUUGUUCAGUCUUCACGGGAGUUCAUUGAAGUCGAGAUUAUUGUUCACAGUUGUGGCGUUAUAUUUAAAAUAGCUGCCGUCGAAAUACAUAGGUGUGGUAAGCCACAAACGCGUACCUCGUCUGCUUAGACUUCGCCAACAUGAUCUCAAAGCGAAACACUCGGUUUGACAUUAAAAAAACCAACCAAAUCUAAAGUUUAACACUUCAUACACACGCGGAUCAGGAAGAAGAAGGAGAAUCUAUUCGGUUCGUCGGAACGUUUCUAAGAAGUGAUGUCACAUCCGGCAAUGCUGUCAUUUUGUCUUUUUGCUUACCCUAUAUUAAUAAAAUUAAACGUUUAAUGAAUCAAACCAAACACUGCGAGUAAGACAGAUUGGGUCUUCGAACUAUUGCCAGUAAAUAUAGCCUUGUGACUAGUAUGUCCCCAGCGGUCACGCACAUGCUCAUUAAGAAAGUCGCCACCUUCGUCUCCUUGUUCGCUCAGAAACUCUGUGAGGUCUACUCGAGUAGUUUUGACGUUAUAAACGUAAACUUAUUUUGGUCAAACUAUGAAAUCGUUCUUGGAUCUAUAAUCAAGAUGCCAACAUUACGUUUUGGAAAAACCCACUAUUUUGAUGCAUUUGCUGCCGUUUCUGGGGGGAGAGGAGAUGAGGUUUUCUUUGCCAGCUUUACUUGGAGGAAUUUCUACGAUCAUUAUGCUGCUUAAAAAUCAUCCAGUCUGCUUACUUUGUCAGGACGUCAACAGUUUUAACCUGUCUCAGUUUAAUUAUUUGUGUCUUUACAUGGGAAAUCCUCCCCCACAUUGACAGUGUGCUCAGUUAAAUUAAUAACAUGAAGCUGCUUAAAAACAAAAUGUAUUGAUAGUCAUAAUUUGGAUAAUACUGACUGUCCGACUCACCAAGCCUUACUGUCUUAUUUUUCAUUUCAAAAUCACAUUUCUUCCGUUGGAAAGUUCCUUACUGCAUAUCCCUUAUCGUUCGUUUUUGUGGCCCCGGGCGUCUUCACAUCUUCUUUACGCGGGUGUAUGCAUCCCAUAUUUUGACACACGAAUAGGAAACAAGACACAACCACUGCUGACUAAUAUGUUCAUACAUAUAUAUGCAAAUGCUCGGUACCCACGCACAAGGCGCGGGGACAAGAUCUUUAUGCAAGUUAUUACAAAGACGUUUAUGGGUAAUUUUACGGAUGCCAAAUAGUUUAUUCGAGAGAAAAGUCAUUCGUUCCUUCUUGGUUGACGACAUUGGCGUACAGAUCGCAUAAAUAUCGGAGGGGUAGGAAGAGGCAGUUUUGGCAUACAAAAUAAAUCUCGUACUAUGCUACUGUUCAGAGGUUGCUGCAUUGAACCAAAAUGGUACAGGCAAAUGAAAUAGUGGUUAACAUACCAUUUUUGGAGGAAACAGCUGAAAUACAUUAGGUCAGUUUUGGGUUCAAAAACUAUAAUUUUCCAUGAAAAUAACCCUUUCCUUUUUUAUUUUAGGGACUUUACUCCUUGCAACCAAUAGAUUAGAAUAUGCAUUAGUGCUAAACUACGUCAAAAAACGUAAUUAAUGCAGGCCCGCAAAUUCUUAUUUGCUUGCACCCAUAUAAACACCGAUCUCUUAUUCCUAAUUGGGUCCACACGUAGAUGUCAAAUUCGUCUAAAGCACUGCUUAAAAACUGGUCAGAAUAACCUCGGUGAGAUGAAAUAUGAACCAGAAAAGCUUACUCUUGGUAGAAUUCGGUUGUUCAUAAUAAAGGGGACGUAUACCCUAGUAAGUGUACUUGUAUAGUACUGUUGAAGACUUGAGACAGGUAACAUUUCUCAAUUAAUCAUUUGAAAAUUCACGUUUGUCGUCAUUCUGGAUAAAGUGCAAUGACUUUUGAAGGCAAUGGGUUGACUGCCGAAAGUCCCAGCUAACAACACCCAAGCAUAUUUUGGUUCUGAGAAAAGCCACUUAUCAAUAUUUAUAUUUAUUUACGAGGCGUCAGUCUUUUUACAUUUUCGCAGCCAAAUUAUCCGAAGAAUACAGGGAACACAACCUUACACCCUAUCUCAACCGGCAACUUAAGCAAUAAUUCCGAUUAAAAUGAUCCCGACUUCGAAAAUUAUGCUUUACCUUUUUUAUUAUUUGUACCUUAUGUGGCCGCUCUAGGUGUAUGACUAAUAUCUUGAUUGGCAGACAACUUCGACAUUUUACGAUUAACGGGUACUGCCAAAUUUACAGGCUCAUGUUAACCCCUUUAUAUGGCUUUUCGGUGAAACUACCAACCAGGGUUCGCCGUGUGGUGUCUGGGCAAACUGCAACUUAUAAAGGUUGAUUUUUGAAUUUAUUCAUGCCUAUUUAGUCGUCUCAAAUUUCGAGACGUUCCACAUUCGAUCAUCAUUCGCAAAAAAUAUUGGUUUUAUUAACAUAAGCAUCGCUAAAAUAACGUCUUUCAAAUUUAGUGGUAGACAGUGCACUUUAGCCCCCUGAAUCCUCUUCACAUCGCCCAAUUACGUCACUAGUUAAAGAUGCAAACAUCUUUUUUUCAAUGACGCAGGCCUCUUCAUUCUUUCGUUUUUUUUUAAAUAUAACAGAAUUUGAACUCGCCACGCUGUAACCAUGUGAGAUUUAUUUGCCUUAUAAAAUAACCCGAGGAGGUGGAACUUCGAAGAAUGAAAUGGGAGUUUUGCUAUUUUAGAAUUGCGAGUCACUUGUAGGUAUUAAGGAAGAAGAAGGCAACUGCCCUCAUUUGGAGGAGAUAAUGCCCGUUAUGCCGAUUAAAAGGUACGGAGAUUCGAAAGAACUAACGGUCAAAGUGGCGUACGAUUUUGAUCUGGCUAUUAUUGCGGAUAUCGGUGACAUCGCGUAA